UUAUUAUAUUGGCGCUUGCCGGUUACUUACCUGUUUUAAGUUCUAUGUUAUUAUAAUAUCUGUGGACUGACUGGACUGCGGUAUUGCAGUAAUUGACUCCUCUUACUUCUUAGUUGUUCCGAGUUCCGGUUCUUCGUGAAACCGUUGAUAAAGUUCAAAAGUUGAUGACUUUUAAAAGACUAACAACAUUUACAAAAUUACGUUCUGUUAAGUUAAUCAUACGUACAAUGUCAUCUUCAGCAUUAGAGAAAAUUCCAGACGUAGAUAUUGAUGACAAAGGCCGUUAUAAAUACAUUUUAAUUAAGGUUACAGAUCAAAAUGAUUCUUCUAGUCAAUCAAAAUAUGUUGUACGGGGUGGUCAAAGAUUUGACUUUCACGCUGACGUAUAUGAUAAUUUCAAAAAAUGUGUUAAACCAGAUGAACUAAAUGUCACGACCAGAAUUCUAGGCGGUGGUUGGUUGGAACAUGGUGACAAAUCCAUUCUCGUUGAAGGCGCAUCUGUUCCUGCAGAAAAUCAUCAUGUCCGAUCACGUGCAACGAAUCUACUAGUUCGACAAAUUAUUCAAUAUGGACCGGCCGACCAUUCAAUUUCAGCAAAUGUUUUAAGAAAAGCUUAUCCGGAUUACGAGAUAACAUGCAACAACGAAUGAAAAUAAAAAUAAAAUGAUGACAAUAUUAUAAUAUAUACAUAAUCAUGUCGUUUUCAUUUACCUAAUAAAAUAAAUAAUAAAAGUAAAAAAAAAUGUUA